CAUUAAGACAUGCUGCUGCGUCUUGGGCUGAGUCUGCAGUAGUUCACCUGCAGUGCAUCUUGCAGGAUGAGAGCCCACUGGUGGAGCUGCAUGUUGGGAUUACUCUGCCUGCCAGCAGAGGUGACACUCAACAUCUGGACAGCUUCUCAAAAUCCUUCGACCAUCUCUGUGGUAAGAGUCAACUCCUCAGUUGAGAUAACAUGCUCCACAACAUUGCAAGACCCAAUGGGGCUCUACCUGGCAAGGCGAUUCCCUAACAUAGGGAACAUUAUGUUCCUGUCCCUACGAGACGGACAAAUCAACAAGAAUACCACAAUUGAAGAAUUUAAAGAUCGAAUUCAAGUAACUCAGAAGAAACAGACAGCGGGGGGCCAUGAGUUCACCAUGUCACUGUCUCUACGAGGACCGGAGGACACAAACUUGUAUUUCUGCAGAUGGACCUACUUCGUAUCAAGUAAAAGAGGAGAGCUCUCCAGCAAUGGCACCGUUAUCAUUGUCACAGAGAAAGAUCCCCAGGAACACUGCAGGUUCCACUUCUUGGAUCUCACCUUCAUUACCUUAAGUGUGACUGCAUUCACCAUCAUAUCUUGCCUUGCUAUUGGAGCACUGAUUCUGAGAUGCAAACGAUUUAAAAAGGACUUCCAACCCAUGAGAGUUGAGAUAAAACCCAGACCUAACAGGCCUGUUCAUGUCUGUCCUCAGCAGAGAGCUCUACAUUCUCCCUACCUAGUUACAUCUGACAGCACUUUGGACUUCAGGGGCAUUCUGUAAUGCUAAGAGUUGUUGCAUAACAUGAAGAUCCUUUGAGAAAAUUAGUAUCAUUUAGCAGAAACAGUUUGAGAGUAUUGUUUGAGGCAGCAGCGAGGUGUCUUACUUCUUGCUUCUGCUUUUCGUUUCCUUUUAUAAACAAAUUUGCGUUUUGUAUGCAGAAAAGUGAGCUACCACAUCCUGGCUGAUGUGGGCUGUACAGGUGUGUGUAUGUAACGGGUGAUGGUGAAGAAAAGUUGCAUGGCAAGCAUUGUUUUACUCUAUGUGAUGCAACAGAUGUGGGCUUGACCUAUUGAGUUUUGCUUCAUGCUUAUUCUGUUUCCUUUGUGUCUCAUGAGUAGAUUUGGAACGUUCAAUGAAUGUUAACCAUUGUUUUCUACCUGAUAUGA